UAAUAAUUAAUGUUAACAAGUGAUUUAUAUAGAAUAAUAAAUUAGUUUCUUGUAUAUAUAUAAAGUGAUCGAUCAUAAAUAUUGCCUACGUCGUCAUGGAGCCCCAAGAUAUUUAUUACAAUAUAGCUGAAUACGUCGAAACGGCUUCAGGAAAUAAAGUGAGUAGACAGACUGUUCUUUGUGGAUCGCAAAAUAUAGUACUGCAUGGAAAGGUAAUAGUACAAUCAGAUGCUAUAAUCAGAGGGGAUUUAGCAAAUGUAAAGGUUGGUCGAUACUGUAUUAUUAGCAAGAAUGCUGUAAUACGACCACCUUUUAAAAAAUUUAGUAGGGGGGUUGCCUUCUUUCCAUUAACUAUGGGUGAUCAUGUAUUUGUGGGAGAAAGGGCUGUUGUCAAUGCUGCACUAGUCGGUUCAUAUGUAUACAUUGGAAAAAAUGCAGUAAUAGGGAGACGGUCGAUAUUAAAGGAUUGUUGUUACAUUGAGGAUGGUGCAGUAGUACCACCAGAAACAAUAGUUCCAUCUUUUACUAGAUUUUCUGGAAGUCCUGCUGUAUGUAUAGAGGACUUACCCGAAUGUACUCUUGAUCUUAUGUUAGAUUUUACAAAAAAUUAUUAUCAACACUUUUUACCCGCACGAAUGUAAUAUAUAAAAAUGUAUAUAUGUUAAUUUUGUAUUUAUAUUAUUUUAUAUUUCUUUUUUAUAAUAUAAUUAUUUAUAUUGCUAUAGAGUUAAAGCAUUAAUUACCAAAUAAUAAUGAAUUCAAAGGAAAAUAUAGGCAAUAAUUUCUCAACUAAGGUGUAAGAAUUUGACUACCAUUGUCAAUUGCCUCCAUAUCUUCUCUAAUAUCUUUCAUUUUUGAUUUUUGCCUGUAAAUAAUUAAAUUUAAAUAAUAAAAUUUAAAUUAUUUACUAAUUUAAAUUUAAAAUACAAAUCAUAAUAUAGAUAAGUAUUACAUUCUAUGCCACAGAAGUUCCAUGGCUAGUACAAAAAAAGUAAUAAUUAUGCCAUAUCCCAUUAUCACCAAUGCAAAGUGGCUUUCAGUAAAUCCUAUGCUUAUGAAACUCAUGUGACCAUCACAUUUGGGCUUUCUUGUAUAUAAACGUCUCUCUUCUCGAUAUUUUAAACCAGUUUCUUGUAUUAUUAAAGCACUGAAAAAAGUCAUAUUUUAAUAUGUAAAUAUUACAUCAUAUGAAUCAGUACAUCAUGCAAAAAUAAAAUUUAUACCUAUUUUUUAAAAUUUCCAAAUAUGGAGAUUGUGUUUGAAUGAUAAAGAGUGGAUAAAGUACAUUUAAAAAAUUGAUAGCAGUUAAGCCACAUUUUUCAUCCUCUUGAAAAGUUUCUUGUAUUAUUUUAUAAACAGUACCAACUUCACCAUGAAAAGCAAAGAGCUCAUCUCUCAUUUUUUGAACACCUUGUUCAAUAGACAUCCAAGAAGAUUUUUUACCCUUUGGUUCAAUUUUUUCAUCUAUGAGAGUCCUUCUUAUUGGAUCCUUAAAAGACUAUUAUAGAAAAAAAUAAAUAUUUUCUAAUAAGUUCAUCUUGUUAUAUAUAAAAUUUGUCUUAUAAAAUUUGCAGAGAUUUAAAAUACUCACAUUAAAAUAGUAUCGAUUAUAUACAGCAUCUUGUACACCUAGUUUUAAUGGACUAUUAUAAAGAUCAGAAACCGUUUGAAUAGAAUUUGUCGUUGAUUGAAGCAAAGCAACAAUAUUUGCUGUAUAAGAAGUGUAUAGACUCAAUGCAGCUAUCAAUAACAUUAAUGUGACAAUACGUGAAGGAAUUUGAUACGGUUCAUAAGAAUAUCCUAUAACAAUUAAAUUGUAGAAACUAAUAAAAUAAUUCAUUUUAAUUUAUUAAGGGCAAACACCUUGUUGAAAAAAUGCUCCAAGAAUAACUAAUAUAUCAUCGCCAAUAGUUGGCUUGCCAGGAUUCAUCUGUUUCCAAUAUAUCGCAGACUUUGCUGAUGCUCCGCAAUUAUAUUCCCAUUUCAUAGAUAUAAAGAGUAAAGUAAUAAUGAGAAGAAUGAGGACACCAAUAGCUAUCCAAACCGAACGAUGAAAAGGCAAGACAAAUAUGUUGCUUACUGUCGAAAGCAAUGGUUGUCGAAAUAUAAAACGUGACCUACAAAAAAAAAAAAAAAAAAAAAAAAACGAAAACAAAAAUGAAAAAUAUAUAACGUUAUAGUAGAUUAAAAAAUUCGAGAAAAGAAAAAAAAAUGUAUGAAAUUAAUUUACAUAAUGAAUGUUUCUUUUUAUACGCGAGUGUAUGAUUAUUGCAUAUCAUCGGGCGUUAGUAAGAUUGAUCAUCCCUGAGUAGCAUUGAAAGUUUAUAAAUCUUAUGGUAGAUUUAAAAUUUUAUUUGAAUCUACGUAACAAAUAAAUGAUAAAAAUUUGAAAUUAAUAAAAAAUAAAUAAAAUAAAAUUCAAUAUAGGAAAUUUGAAUCCGAUUGAUCGCAAAAAAACGUAUAAAUAUACGUGAAGAUAUUUUACCCAGUAUGCGUAUAAAGUUGUAUAUAUUUAACUAUUCCUAUUCGUUCUUUUAUAAAAAAAGUUCCAGUUCCUCCGAAAUCAAUUUCACGACGUUGCAACAUGCCGGUCAUACCAUUCCACGAUCCAUUUUCAUCACGAUAACCCCAUGUAUCUGCUAUAUUGAACGUUACCCUGAAACAAACGAUACAAUUUUUAAUUGAAAGUAUCGGAUAUUUUUUUUUUUUUUUAUCUUUUCACGUCGAUCUUUCUCCAUUAAUUAUAUGGAAUUUAACAAACAAAUUAAAAACGAUACUUACGUCGCAUUCAUUCGAUUUACCAAAUGAAGUACACAUGAAUAACCAGCCUUCGUAACUGGAUCUAUAUGUUUAUUGUGAUAAUCAGUUAAAUGAUUGAUCGUGUCUGGAUCUGUCAUCUAUCAACAAGGGAAAGAAAUAUAUAGAGAAAUAAGAAGAGAAAUGUAUACUCAUUUAAUAUAGAAGCUUGUGGAAAUAAAGCAAUGCUUAAAAAAAAAAAAAAAAAAAAAAAAAAAAAUACGAGUAUGUUUAAAAGUGUUAAAAAAAAAAAAAAAAAUAGAGAAGUAAAAAAUGAUUCAUUGAAAAAAUAUCUUAUCACUAAAACACGAUUAUCUGAUCGUAAGUAAAUUUAAAGUUAAUCGAAUAGGAUAAGCUCUACGCGAAAUAGUUUUUGAUAUCUCAAAUAAAUUGAAUGUAAUCUAUUUGAAAGAUAAUUUUCGAUAACGAUAUUGUGCAAUUUCUAAAGUAAAUGGAAUUAGAUAUAUUCUCUUUUUGUCUUGCUCUCUCUAUUUCUCUCUCUGUCUCUCUCUCUCUCUCUCUCUCACUCACUCACCCACUCACUCACUCACUCACUCUUUUUUUCUUUUUCUUUCUCUCUCUCUCUCUCUUUCUUUCCUAAGAUUCUAUGAAAUCUUCAAUAAAGACAAAUACAUAAAAGAAUUAUUUUUAAUUAUCUCACUCGUUUCAUAUCAUCACGUUGAUAUUAAACUACUAUGAGAUAAACAACUUAUAGCUUAUCAAAAAAAAAAAAAAAAAAAAAAAAAAAAAGAGAAUAAAAAGCUUUAAUAUA